CCGGGGAUAUAAGCCCCGCAGGGAAAGCGCUGAGCAGAGGAGGAGGCCACAGCCCGACCUGCAGCAGUCCAGCCCUUGGGACUCCUCUCGCCUUCCACCUGCUCAUCUCCGCUUCCAGAACUGUCGCCAUGGUGACGGUGCGCCGCCCGUGGCCCGCCGUGGCCACAGUGCUGCUGGCCCUGCUCGCCUGCCUGGGGGCGCUGGUCCACGCCUACCCCGCCAAACCCGAGGCUCCCGGCGAAGACGCGUCGCCGGAGGAGCUGAGCCGCUACUACGCGUCGCUGCGCCACUACCUCAAUCUGGUCACUCGGCAGCGGUACGGGAAACGAGACAGCCCGGAAGCGGUCCUCUCGAAACUGCUCUUCCCCGACGGCGAGGACCGCCAGGUCAAAUCACGGCCAGAAGGCGCGUACAUGUGGUGACGACCCCAAGGCCUCCUGGGAGACACGCCGACUGCACCGACCUCGUUUGCAUGUGUGCUCCUGACCCGGAACCUGGGUUCCUCUCGCUGCCUACUGUGCCUGGGAGGGGGUGGGGGUGCUGGAUGGGGUCUUCAUCCCAUUUCUCCGUGCCCCCGGCCCCUGGGCUGGAGGGCUGUGUGUGGUCUUUCCCUAGUCCCCAAAUAAAGAGCAAAUUUCACUGAAA